AUGGCAGGUACCCGAGGUUCUUCUCAGGGAAGACCUAGUAAUGCAGCUGACGACCUUAUCGCUACUGUUGGGGGGUUGGCCACUUUUGUCCAGAACAUGAGUCAAGAGUGGAGAGAAUAUCGGCAUCAGAAUCCGAACCAACCCCAGAUGCAGGACAAUGAUGAGGAAAUUGCCAGGCGAAGGUUGAAAGAUUUUCGAAAUUUUCAGCCUCCUACAUUUGAAGGUGGGGAUAACCCCGAGACUGCAGCAAGAUGGUUGCAGAUGAUUGAGCACAUAUUUGACCAGAUGGGAUGCCCUGAAGCUCAGAAGGUUGACUAUGCCUCAUAUCAGCUGAUUGGUGAAGCUUUGACUUGGUGGACCAGUGUGAGGGCUUUGCUUCGAGCUCAAAAUGUUGAUCUAACUUGGGCAGUGUUCAGACGGGUUUUUCUAGACAAGUUUUUUCCUAAGGCUAUGAGGAGGAUGAAACACACUGAGUUACUGUCACUGCGACCGAAUAAUAUGACUGUCAAUGAAUAUAUUGCUAUGUUUGGGCAGCUGAUGGAAUAUGCCAAUUUCGAUCGGAACAUCUAUGAUGAAGAGUGGCAGGUGGAGAAAUAUGAAAGUGGACUACACCCGGAGAUCCGCAAGCUUAUGUUGACUACAACAAAUCGUACUCUACCUGAAUUGAUUAAUUAG